CCGGAAGUGGAGAUGCGCGGCUUCCGGGAUGUUCACUUGACUUCCGGGGGCUCUGCGCUGAGGGAUCCCAGGCCACCAUGGUCUCGGACGAAGAUGAAUUGAACCUCCUAGUGAUUAUAGUUGAUGUCAACCCCAUUUGGUGGGGAAAGCAAGCGUUAAAGGAAUCCCAGUUCACGCUGUCGAAAUGCAUGGACGCCGUGAUGGUGCUGGGGAACUCGCACUUGUUCAUGAACCGGGCCAACAAGCUGGCGGUGAUUGCCAGCCACAUCCAGGAGAGCCGGUUCCUGUACCCUGGGAGGAACGGGCGACUCGGAGACUUCUUCGGGGACCCUGGCAACCCCGCCUCGGAAUAUAACCCCUCAGGGAGCAAAGACGGCAAGUACGAGCUGCUGACAGCGGCAAAUGAAGUCAUUGUGGACGAGAUCAAGGACCUGAUGACCAAGAGCGACAUAAAAGGGCAGCACACAGAGACCCUGCUGGCGGGGUCCCUGGCCAAAGCUCUGUGCUACAUCCACAGGAUGAACAAGGAGGUUAAAGACACCCAGGAGAUGAAGUCCCGGGUGCUGGUGAUCAAGGCGGCGGCGGACAGCGCCCUGCAGUACAUGAACUUCAUGAACGUCAUCUUCGCGGCGCAGAAGCAGAACAUUUUGAUCGAUGCCUGUGUCUUGGACUCCGAUUCAGGACUCCUCCAGCAGGCGUGUGACAUCACGGGCGGACUGUACCUGAAGGUGCCUCAGAUGCCCUCCCUCCUGCAGUACUUGCUGUGGCUCUUUCUUCCUGAUCAAGACCAGAGAUCUCAGUUAACCCUCCCGCCCCCGAUUCACGUGGACUACCGGGCCGCCUGCUUCUGCCACCGCAACCUCAUUGAGAUCGGCUACGUGUGCUCCGUGUGCUUGUCCAUAUUCUGCAACUUCAGCCCCAUCUGUACGACCUGCGAGACGGCCUUUAAGAUCUCUCUCCCUCCCGUGCUGAAGGCCAAGAAAAAGAAGCUGAAAGCGUCGGCGUGAUGAUGGAGCGUUCCGUCUCAGCGCUGCCUGGAGAAACGGGGUGUGGGGGCGGGAGUCUUUAUAAGGAGGCUCUGAGAAAGCAGAGACACGUGUAAGAGUUAAGGUGGCUCCUCACAGGGUGCAGUCCUGGAGAUCACCCUCUCCUGCAGGGAUGCUGUACGGGAAGCCCUCCUCUGCAGAGUCCAGGCCCUACAAUGCUUCCGGAGGGUUCUCUCACACAAUCCUGUGUCACACCAGCCUGUCCUGACUGGUCGUAGCCUUUAGAGCUUCUCACUGGGAAGCGUUACAGGUGGAAUUGGAACACAGUUUUAGAAAAAGUGGAGUGAUGGCGCUAAUCAACGUGCAGCGUCUUAAAUCCUUGAUCCACUUUCAAACCCUUGUUGUCUGCUUUGAGGUUCAGCUUCAGAUGUUUGCAGUUACUUAUUCCUUUGUGUGACGAUACCCAAAUAAUCAUAACAGGAUCCACUGCAAAAUGACUUUAAAAGAGUCAGACCUUGAAGUUAUUAGAAGUCCUUUUAAAUUCCAGCAUAGUGUGGGGAGGGUUUUCAGGAACAGUGGCUGAUUUGGUUUGUUUUUGAAAGUAUGUUGCCAAGGGGAACAAAAAAAUAUGUUGACAAAUUGUGUAUCCAAUCUUGUCUAUAAAUGAGAUUUAAAUUUUCUCUACCAUCUAGGAAGCUCAGUCUCAUUUAAGUAACUUGUAGUGUUUGGUUAGGUUAUUUCAGAUAGGUUUUGUAUCCUGGACUUAGGAUUUUAUUAACUACAUAAAGAUUUUUGUGAUAACUUUGCAAGUAUUUGUUAAUACUUGAGUUUGAAAAUCUGUCUUU